AUGUUUGGAGAAAUCGGUUCUGUUGGCUUGGACGCUCCGUCAUUGCUUCCCUCCACCACGUCAACGCCGAUCAAGGCUUGGAGGGGAAACAACGCCGGCGCGGCUCACUUGUCGCUCCUUCCCCUGCUGUAUUGGGUGGUGGCCACAUCCGCCUCUGUGCGGGCCAUCCCAAUCUUCGAAAGUUUCGGAGAGACAGUCGAGCUUGUCGUCCAGUCAAAUUUGGCGUUAAAUAUUGUUUACACAGUCAAUAUGUUGGCAUUCAUUUGGUCUUCAAAUUUCUGGCAUUUGUGUCUCAAUAUAGCGAAAGCGAAAGACCGGCAUCCAUGUCGGUCACGUAAUGCGAUCAAAACCGAUAGCGUGCCGAAAUACGCGCAGCCGAUGCGGUCGCAUCGCUGCAAGUUGAAAGCUUCCCACUGGCCUGAUGCAGACCGCAUCACGAAUUGGGCCGACAACCGGAGGAUUUUCUUGCCCUAUCGCGGGCCAUCCGCCAACAGCGUUUGCCCCUUCCCUUGGACUAUUGAAGGAAUUGUUCCUAUUCGGACUGCAAACAUCCUCUGCUACCAGCAAUGCCGCCACUUCAAACAUUCCCGUCGUCUUGGCGUGAGUGUCACCACAUUGACAUCUGCCUGUCCUGAUAUUAAUAUUGUCAACAAACUUGACUUUAGUGAGGCGGGUGGGCUGCAGGGCAUAUUAAUGUAUAGUGGCCUGAGUCUUGAGGUGGCAACGGAAAAGGGUAUCUGA